CGAACCCUUGUGGUACUCUGGUGUACUGCAACUGCUGUCCAUUGUAGGUAAAUGAGAAAAUUUCCCUGCACUCCUGAGCAUUUCUGUUCUGGUGUGAGUUGUUGAGUGCAGUGUAAGGGUUUGGUACUGGAAUGGCGGGUGUGGCUAAAAUGUAAUUAAUCGCCCUUAAGUCGUGUGCCAUGCGAUAUUUACCUGCCUCUUAGUUGCAGUGUUUAUAUGUUACUAUCUAGCAUUUAGUUAUAGCUAGUCUGCUAAUUCUUGUCAUUCGUGUCCUCUUGGCCGCAGUACAGCUAAUGUAAACUAUUGUAAGGAUUUAAUUAAGUCAAGGUGUGAAUCAUUACAUGCUAGCUUGUGUUAGCUUAUAGUUUAGCUUCAACACACAGCAGAAAAAGGACGGAAACGGACAGAAACACAUAACUAGCGAUUUAGCUUAGACAUUUAGGGCAAUAUUACAUCAAUACACAGUAUUAUUCUACCUUAAAAAUUAAUGAAGGCGGCUGUCAGGGGCGGGUCGGACUAGUGUAUUAAAGUGUUUCGACUCCGCCCAGCGAAGCUCCCAUGUUAUGAAAGCGGGUGUGAUAAGAGGAGUCCUCAGGCUGCAAGGCUCGGAAACUGUUGUGGGCAGCCGCCCCUACAGUUGGAGUGCACCCGUAUUCUGACCUUUAUGGUAAAAGCAUUGAAACCUGAUUGAAACGGCCCAGAGCUGACAUGCAGGAUCCACUACAGUUGUCAACAAUGCUUCGUGUCACCGCUGCCUCCUUGUGCACCUACUGCCAGAGGAUGAGGCUCCUCCUCCCUCCCUCUGCCUCCACAGUGACUUCUCCCAACAAAAGACCGGAGAACCAGCACACAGUGGACUCCCUCUAUGAACUGUCAGUGGACAUUCGAAAGAUACGCAAGUUCAAGUGCUGGGUUCUGUCUGAGAGUUCUGCGUAUGUGUCUGAAACUGCUGACCUGUUGAGGGACAUGGGUGCAGACGCAACAGUAAUCACCCGCAUCCUGGAAACUCACCCUGAAGCUGUUCUGUGUCGGCCGGAGGACAUGGCCGCCCAGCGAGACCUUUGGGUGUCUGUGUGCCCCAACAAGCGUGAACUGAUGAGCGUCAUUGAGAAGUUCCCGGCUUCUUUCUUCACAUUAACUCACCAUAGCAACCAGCAGGCGAACAUCCUUUACCUACAGAGUCUUCGCCUCAGCAAGAGGAUCAUUGGCAAGCUGAUGGCCAGCGCCCCGCAGAGCUUCAGCCGACCUGUGGAGCGGAACCAGGAGGUCAUCCACACUCUGAGGGAGACCUACCUGGACCUGGGCGGAAAUGAGGGCAACCUGCGCCUCUGGCUGCAGAAGCUCCUCAGCCAGAACCCGUACAUCCUGCUGCGGCCGGCUGAAGCCUGGAGGGACAGUCUGGGCUUUCUGAGGGAACAGGGCUUCACCACAGAGGAGCUCCUCAGCCUGGUCUCAAGCCUCAGAGCCUCCAUUGCAGAGCUGCAGCCAGAGGCCAUGCAGCAGGCGCUGUCCUACAUCGAAGGGGCUCUCGCCUGCUCCAAGGACGAACUCAAGCAAAUAGUGAUCUGCUGCCCGGCCAUUUUGUACUACUCCUUGCCCAUCCUGGCGGGGCGGUUGCAAGGAUUGAUGGAUGUUGGCGUGAGCAUGGAGCAGGUGAAGGAAUCUCCAAAUGUCCUGGAGCUCACCACGCAAAUUGUGCUUUAUCGCAUCCAGAAGCUGGCCUCCUAUGGGUAUGAUGUGCGCUCUGGCACCCUGGGUGUUAUUGUGGGAACUAAGAAGGACUUUGAGAUGAGUUAUAGCAAGCUGCACCUCAGGCAGCAGCGGCCGCUCUUCAACCCUGUAGCUCCCCUCAGAUCUGCUGAGGACUGAACGUCAGAAGUUGUUGAUAUGCUGCAAUUUGCUGUUUUAUAGGGAGGGUUUGCGGGAAAAUGUUUUAUGAAUGUUGUUCGAUGCUGAUUUUGAGAAGGGGUUCACAACUUCACCUUUGUGCAAGAUGCAUAAAGAAGUGAGGCAGUUUGAAAUACCAAAAUUCCACCAAUACAGUACUUGUAAUAUUGAAAACAUUAUUAUGAAGCUAAUGGGUUUCGGCCUGUGGCUUUCAUCAGGGUCCUUUGACUUGACACUGUGACUCAAUUUUAGGAAAUGGAAAUUCACUACUGUAACUAACAAAUUGAUUGUGGUAACAUAACAUGUCAGAUGAGCAAUAAAUGCCAUCUCUAAA